AUGCCGCGCGCGAACCAGCACCUCUGGCGCCAGCUCGUGGGCCGGAGCCUCUACGCGGCGAACCUCGAGUGGUGGUACGCGGUCCACGACGCGGCGGAUAUUUUGCUCAUUUGCUCAGAGGAUCUGGGCGACGCGGGCAGGGCGGCGGCGGAGAUGGCGCGCGUCGCCGGUCACCUCGGCCUCGACGCCUUCGACUUCGGGCCCGUCGUCGGCAAGGGCAAGUACAACGCGGGCGCCCAGCACCGCGGCUACGGGGCGGUGACGCCCUGGGCCGACGCGGCGGCGCGGAGCGCGCGGAAGCCCAUGGACCCGGCCGCGCGCCGCGCCGUCGCGAACUUCACGGCGCCCUUCAACGCGCGGCUCUUCGACCUCGCGGGCCACGCGUGCGCCGAGUGGGGGCGGACGCCCGGCGGCGAGGGGCGGGGCUAG